GAUUUUCAAUUUUUAGUAGGUUAACCAAUGAAUUUUUAAAUUAUCCACCCAAAACAAACUCACCCCCCAAAAAGAGAAUGUUCCAAGUCUUAUCAGCCGCCAUUUUAAAAUGACAUCCCGCACCGCGGGCUCUUGACAUGCCUGACAAAUUUUCAAUCACAUUUUUGUCUGCUUUGCCCCCAGAUGGGUGACCCUGAAACUAAAGAGAUGAUCCUGGGCCAUACUGACACAUCCUCAUAAUUUCUUGACCCAAAUAGACCCCUCUUUUUGAAAGAAUCUGCAAGGGGUACUUUUUAUGCGCUUCCGCCUGGCGGAGACUGCAUACUUAUUAAAUUUGGACGCUGCACCCUAAGUAAUGCGAGCACUGCGCAUGCGUAGUUACAUUUACAUGUAGCGUAUCUCGUUCUCUUUCCAAAAUGGCAGGGAAGAACAAGAAGAAAACAGUGAUGAAGUCUCGUCGAAAGGGGAAAAGUAAGAAGCCAAUGUCCCAUAUAGGGUCGGCUCUGUUUCCGAGGGCAAUGUUCGCAGCCGUGCCUCGAUCCCCAGAACCCCCAUCCGAGCCUCCAGAAGAACGGCCUCCAUCUGCCCUGUCCACUGCCCUCCUGAAUGCAUCUCUGGUGGGCCGGGUGAUAGGCACCCCUCCAGACAGCGGGACCCUACGGAGCACCGGGGAGGGUGCAUCCACGUGGCCCAUGGCACACCAUCACCAGGACGGGAUGAACGCCAGCAUGGAGAACAGCAUGGCGAGGAGCAGCAUGUACGACUACGAGGACAGUGGAGAGGAAGACCAGGAGGACUACGAUGAAGCAGGGUACACGACCAUACCUCUUGCCAAAGCUGAUCGUCAAAAGAGGGGCACCAUCAGCAACCGUGCCAAAUUAGCCACUCCUGUUGAUAGCCAGUCGGAUUCUGUGCUCGGCAGUGAGGACGAGGACGAGGAUGAUGGAAAGCAAGAUUUCCACCCCCAACAGGAUACCCCGCCCAGAGGGAGUUCCCCAGGGCUACGCAGGCCCUCCCCGCAGCAGAGGCUUUAUCACACCCUGGAGAAGGAACAAGAGGAGGAGGAGGCGGAGCCUCGGGUGGUUGCUGGUAGGCGUGACCCAUCCCCAUCAGAAGGGAAGGCAAAGAGGUCAAAAGGCAGGCAACGUAAAGAUGGGAUGACAUCGACUGGGGCUGACCAUGUUGAGGCCCUGUACGCCAAGGCUAAGAAGCACAAUAAACAGCCGGUACAAUGCCGGGAAACUGACCUUUCAGAGAGCAGCAGCCUCACCAUGGUCACCAGCCCCCAAGAGGACGACUUCUCAGAUCUCAUCACACCACCCCCACCCUGGAAACGGAAGGGCAAGAAAAAGGACAAGACGAAAGGCAGUGGCGUUAGCCCCGACAGGUUGACAGAGGAAGACGUCAGAAGUGAGACGAGUCACCCGCUGGGCCCAGAAGACACUACAGAUGCUGCACUCAUUCAUGAGCCGAUUAUCGAGAGGAUAGAGGCAAGCUCUGUCAGUGCCAUGCAACAGUCGCAAGCCCCAGUUCCAGCCCCGCGAAGCACCUCACGCCAAAGCCAAGACGAAUCUGAGGCCUACUCUCACAUCCAGCGCCAGCCCCUUGGCCAUGCCGCAGCCCAGGAGGAGGAGUACCUUAGGCGGACCAACUCCCGCCUGGAGAGGGAGCUGGAGAUGGUCCAGCGGGAGCGAGAGCAGCUGCUGGAGAGCCUCAGGACCCUGUCUCCACCCCCGCACCAGCCUCGGAGGGGGGCCAGGGAGGUCGAGGGGGACUCAGAACAACUGAGGACUGGAAUCCAGAGACUGGCGUCCAUCAACGAUGACAUGCAGAGGCAACUGGACGAGAUGCACCAACACUGCGACAAGUUGCGACUGGAGAACCAGGCUAUCAAGGAGGUCAACGACCGCCUGCACUCGGAGAACAGCAAACUGAGGAGUCUGUCCGAGUCCAUAAAGGACGAGGACCAUUCACAGCAGGUGUUGCUGAGGCAGCAAGCAGAGGAGGUGGUAGCAGAGAAUGAGCAGCUGAAGAUGGUCAUCCACAAACUCAACAUUCAACUCAGCAGGUACCAGGCCAAGCACUCCCCUCCACAGAAGGGUGACCCUCCUGGUUUGCCGUCCCGAGGCAGAACUCCUCGCUGGCUGACCGACACAAAGUACUUGUCUCCUCUCAUCUUGGCCUAUGAGGAUGCACUCAAGGAAAAGGAUGAAAUGAUGCGUUUGACCCAAGAGGACCUCAACCGGCUACGGAAAUCCGCAGAGGAGGUCAUCCACGAAAACCAGCGACUGCACUUGAAGCUGGAGCAAGUCGGACAGCCAACGUCCGUCACUCCUGGAGAAUGGCAUCGUAUUCAGGAGCAUGCGCGUCUCGUUCUUGAGGAGAACCAAGUUGUCCUGAGCCAGCUGGACAUCCUGCAACGCAAGCAGAAGGACACGCAGAGGGCGCACUCCCUUGAAGUCUCCAAACUCAGCAAGCGUCUGGCCAUGGAGGAGUCGGAGAAGGGAGACCUGGAGGCCCAGCUGAAGGAUCUCAAGCAUCGGUACAGCACCCUCAAGCAGCAGCACGACCGCUCGGUGGUGGAGGCCGAAUCCCAGAUGCCCAUACAGGAGCACAUGAGCACGAUGGCCGAGUACAAAAGAGGACUGGACGAGGAACAGCGACACCACCAGGCUGAGAUGGAGAGUGUGCUGUCCAAGCUGUCCUCAGUCCAGGGGGAGAAAAAGACCUUGGCGCUGAGGCUGGCAGACGGCGAAGCGGAGAGAAGCCAGAUGCAAGGAGAAAUGAAGGCACUCACUAGGGUCCAAAAGAAACUUCAGCACAAGAUCGCGCUGCUCCAGAAGGAGCUGGAACACAACGAGAACAAGCUGGCCGUGGCCAACCAGCACUUGAACAACGUACUGGAGAUUGCCGAACAGACAGCGGCAGAGAGAGACGCCCUGACGAAAGUGGCCAGGAGUCAAGAACAAGAGAAGAAGAAAGCUGUGAACAAAAUGAUGGAAGGAAACGUCGCCAUCGGGAGGCUGGAGGAAAAGUUGAAGUCCUACCGGCAGAAAGCUGACCUCAAGCUGGGCAAUCUGUCCAGCCGCAUCCAGGCCCAGGACAGCUCCCACGUCAGCCAGCUCAGGGAGUAUGAACGGGAAAUGGCCCAUCUCAAGACCUUGCUGCAGCAGAAACAAGAUGAAUUGGACAACCUAGGUUCUGACAAAAGGAAAGUUGAAGAGCAACUGGAGACGGUCUGGCAGACAGCGACGGCUGACAAUCGCCGGUUGAAGGCCAAGCUGCAGAAGUCCCUCAGGGAGCCCCACUCCCGGAACGGCACCCUUAACGGAGGCGCCUUCGAGUACGAGUCGGACAACCGGGGGCUGAUCUCGUCCGAGAGCGACUAGAAGGCUUCUCGGCUAGUGGGUGAAGACAGCUGCCCCAGAGACUGACCCCUUGAGGGCAGUCGAGCCAAAGUGGAGUCUCUCAACAAGGCCCGGACUGACGGUGCUCAUCGUAUCUCAAACCAAGCCACAAAUGGUGCCAGUGUUGAACCCAAACCCCUGGACACAGUUUUGUAUUCUUAGAGGAGAAAUGGAUUCAAAUUAUUUUAAUUUAUCAAUAGGUGUUGCUUCAGGGAGACCAUUGAUUUCAUAUGUGAUUUUGAGAGCCUGUCAGUCAAAAGACAUCAACCUAUCUUUCCUUUAUUUGGGGCAAACAAAUUUGUGUCCAGGCUUUCACCGAGUGUGUUAUUUCCCUGCAAUUAAUGGCCGGCCAUCAUAAGCAUCUGUUCAUUUUCCUUUUUGCAUGUGUCCAUUAAUGUCGGAUAAUUUUGUUUUGCAAAGUAGAAGUGGAUUAUUUCUGUGAACUACUCUUCUUGCACAGUGGAAAUGCAACUACAAGCCCGAACACUCGCUCUCUUUUUUUUUAAUUCCCUUGAUCUGCCUUACUGCAAUCAGAUGUAGCGACAUCACAUUUGUAGUAAUUUGUGUACAAAUUACUAAUAAAAGGUGCAUUUGGAAUCAGUCAACCGGACAUGUAGUGGCUGAAUAAUAUUGGUAAUCUGCACUGAUAGAAUGUGAAAUGUACACCUGAUUUUUGAAAAAGUAAAACUGUGGUAUUUUGUGUGGAUGAAAGUGUGUUUGCGACGCAAGUUUAUUUGAAAUUUGUGGUGCCUUUUCACAAUUUUGAAGAAACAUUUAUGAAACACAAGGACAGUCCAAACCUGUUACAAAGUAUUUUUGUAAUUAUUAACGUUCAGUAGAGGCUGUCAAAGUGAGAACUGAACAAAAAGUAGCGCUAUCACACCUUGAUAAAUACACAAAUGAAUGUUUUAUUAAAUGCAAAAUUUUGGAAUUUAUUUUCUUUCAAAAGACAAAAAAUGCUGGAGAUCAGCAAAAUACGACAAACAAAUGUUGAGCUUUUAAUAUCAGAGAGGGGAAAAAAAUUCACGGAAAGUAUGAUGUGAGAUUUUUAAUGCAUUGGUCUUAAUCCAUGUUAGUGUUUGAAUUGCUUAGCUUGGAGGCAGCCAACCUGGGGCGCCGUGAGGCCAGACCCCUCCUCCCCUUUGGCAGGUCCUAUAACAUAAUGCGGCAGAGCUUCAUGAAUCGGCUAUUGAUGACUGAUGCUCUCACGUUUGUCCCCUCGACUUUGAAAAAUGGUGUGCCGCCGUUGGCUGGGCUGGGACAAGAAAUAUGGAUGGCCGUAGCCGAGGAAUUUGGACCAUGCCUAUUACAAGGCGGAAGGGACGCAAGUGCAGGGAUACCAUUGACAUGAUCUGUGCCAUGUAUGGUUGUCCUUACAGUGCUGACCCAAUACUGGACACUGGUUCCACACUCUUCUCAUCCAUUCAGACCACUUACCAACACGUUGAAGGCUCUCCUACCUAAAUACCGAUUUCAGCACAACAGUUUUCACCCAUGACAAUGACAAAUGUCUGUAAAUUUCACGUCAGUCAGAGCACCCAAUAACAUCCUUGUUCUUGAACAUCUUUUCCGUCAGAUUGUAUUCAUGCAAGCAUGUAAUCAUUCAUUUGCUUUGAGCAGUACUCUUUGUACAUAUUUCUAUUUAUAUUGCCAGUUUACUUUGUAUUAUAAAGUGUCCAAUCUUUUGAAAUGCCAAACUUUAUCCUUGUAUGUACAAUAAUUUUCUUUGGACAUGAGGGUAAUGGUUUUCUUCUUGUCACUGCACCUUAGUGAAAUACCAAAUGAAUGUCGAAUGUGUGUCAUAUUUAUCUCUGUUUAUAAAAGGGUAAGCUUUUAAUUUUGAAUUAAAUUGCACAAGAAUGAAGACUGUGCAGAACCCAAAUUUACUUGUAUAAAAUUUAUUUAUUUUGUCAAAUUAUAUACAUUUUAUGAUUGUGCCGCUUCUGGGAGACAUUUUCCCAUUGAGUUGCAACAGAAGUUGACAAGUUGGGUCAGUUUAUACUGAAUUCACUUCUUUUAAGCAACAGUCUCAGCCAGCCACAAGCAGAGAACAUCUUAAUUACACAAAUGAUUGAAAGCCAACAGUGCAAUUGCAUAUUUCAGGAAAAGAAAUUCAACUGUUAAAGAUGCUCUUUACUCCAUAAACACAGAUUGACUUGGAGAGACUGGAAGACAAACUUAAGAGAUCUUUCUCUGAAAACACAGUCUUUCAAAAAUGUGAAAAUUGUUAAGUGACAGCUAAUAGGUAAUACUCUCUCCGAUGUCAGCAUCAAAGGAUUUUUCUUUGUUCUUUUGAAGUGGAGUUUCUCUUUAAACUAUCACAAAGUCACCCACUUUCUGUUUCAGUGCUCAAGUGAAAGACGUCCUGCGGUGCUAAUGUGUAUUCAACCUGAAGCUGACCCAGGCAGGCCAGUCCAGCAUGUCCAGAAGGUUGAAAUUAGUAACCAGGAGGUCACUGGCUCCAGCUUUGGAAAGCAAAAGCUGCCAAGACUCGUAAUUCUGAAAGAUGUUCCAACAGACAGUGCAGUGAUGCGAAUAACUUUACAAUUGGUGAUUUUGCUAUGAUAUCCUUGACACAAUUGACAUUGGUAGUAUUUCCUCAUCAAAUUUGCCUACCAGCUUUUUCCGACAUGACUAAAAACUCAGCAUUUAGUACUGUAAUUAAAAGAAAUCUGAACUCAUGGCCUUUGAAUAUCAAUUUUCAGGUAAGAGUGAUAUCCAAAUAUAAUGCACUAUAACUUUUAAAAGGAGGAAACAAUGAACCUGUCGUAUGAGUAAACCAUCCUCAAACAUCCUUUACUAUAAAAUAGGAAAAAAGUUUUUCAAUCCAAUGAAGCCAUUUGAUAGCACUGAAGAAACUGACAGACAAAAGUCAAUAAAUGUUUGAAAUCACAUUGUCUGCCCCCUCCCUGACACACCAGGUUAUAUUUUAAUGCCAUUUGAUAUAUCUCCCACUAAACAUGACGAUGUGAACCACAUCAGCUUUGCUGUUCACACUGAAACUGCAUUCAAACGUUCAAUGCUGUACAAGUUUCCACUUGGGAAUGUUUUCAAAAAGUAUGUCACUU